AUGCCGGCCGUCGUCACCAACGGCACCCAGCCGAAAAAUGGACUGACAAAGUUCACCAACUGCCGCCUGCUGCGCGGCGACCAGCUCGUCACCGCCGACCUUUGGGUCAGCUCCCAGACGGGCAAGGUUGUCAACAGCCAGACCGUCUUCUUUGACGACCUGGUGCUCCCCGACGAGACGGUCGACCUCGGCGGCCGCAUCGUGUCGCCCGGCAUGAUUGAGUGCCAGCUCAACGGCGCCUUUGGCUUCAACUUUUCCACCCUGCUCGACGACAUGUCGCAAUACGGCAAAAAGGUCAAGGAGUGCCAGAAGCUCCUGGUCCAGACCGGCGUCACAUCCUACAUCCCCACCAUCACCAGCCAACGGCCGGAGCUCUACCAAAAGGCGCUCCCCUUCCUGGGCCCUUCUGGGCGCUCGCACAAUGCAGAGGACGGCGCCGAGUCGCUUGGCGCGCACUGCGAGGGACCCUUUCUCAACCCGACCAAGAAUGGCGUGCACAAUGUCGACGUGCUCAUCGAGGCCCAGACCUUUGCCGACCUCGAGGCCUGCUACGGCGCCGAGAACCUCAACCCUGCCACCCCUGGCGGCGACAUCCCCGUCAAGAUGAUUACGGCGGCGCCCGAGCGUGGCAACAUGAUGAAGCUCAUCCCCGACAUCACGGCGCGCGGUAUUCGCUACUCGGUGGGCCACUCCGAGGCCACCUACGAAGAGGCGUCCGAGGCCGUGGGCCACGGCGCUACCAUGAUCACGCACCUGUUCAACGCCAUGCGCCCGCUGCACCACCGCAACCCGGGCAUCUUUGGCGUGCUGGGCGAGGCCGAGAGCCUGCCGCGCCCGUACUUUGGCAUCAUCUCGGACGGCAUCCAUCUGCACCCGACGACCAUCAAGAUUGCCUUUAAUGCCCACCCCGAGGGCUUCAUCCUGGUCACCGACGCCAUGCACCUGGUCGGCCUGCCGGACGGCGCCUACCCAUGGACCAAUGGCGAGACGACGGCCAACAUUGUCAAGAAGGGCUCCAAGCUGCUGCUGGAGAACUCGGACACCAUCGCUGGAAGCUCAAUCACAUUGUUGGAGUGCGUCAACAACUUCCUCGAGUGGUCCGGCGAGGGCAUCCCCCAGGCGCUCAAGGCCGUGACAGCCACCCCGGCCGCCAUGAUGGGCCUGCAGGGCGUCAAGGGUACGCUGGAGGCUGGUGCGGAUGCUGAUCUGCUCAUCUUUUCCGACGAGACGACGGCCAACGGGCACCACAAGCUGAUCCUUGACGAGGUGUGGAAGUUUGGCACCCGUCUACCCAAGGCCGACGCAUAG